ACAUCCAUUGGUCAAGGCAAAUACCACGGGCUCUGCAUUCUCAUUCGCUUCAUGCCAUUGCACCAAGUAGGAGCCAAAGGAAAGUUUGAGAAAUGAAAACCUUAGCAAGCCUUGUUUGGGGACUUGUCAUCUUGGAUGCUGCUAUGACUGCUCCCACUCUAGAGCCCAUCAACUAUGACUCAGAAGCCUAUGAUGCCACCUUAGAAGACUUAGAUAAUUUAUACAACUAUGAAAACAUACCCAUUGAUCAAGCUGAGAUUGAAAUAGGGACAGUGAUGCCUUCAGGAAACAGGGAGCUCUUGACCCUGCCACCACUGCCUACGGAGGAGGAGAGUGAAGAAGAGGAGGAGGAAUCCACCCCCAGGUUGAUCGAUGGCUCUUCCCCACAGGAGCCGGAAUUCACAAGUGUUUUGGGCCCCCACACCAACGAAGACUUUCCUACCUGCCUUCUGUGUACUUGUAUAAGUACCACCGUAUACUGUGAUGAUCAUGACCUUGAUGCUAUUCCUCCAUUGCCCAAGAACACUGCUUAUUUCUAUUCACGCUUUAACAGAAUUAAAAAGAUCAACAAAAAUGACUUUGCAAGCCUAAAUGACUUAAAAAGGAUUGAUCUUACAUCAAAUUUAAUAUCUGAGAUUGAUGAAGAUGCUUUCAGAAAGCUGCCUCAACUUGAAGAGCUUGUUCUGCGUGACAACAAAAUAAGACAGCUCCCAGAAUUGCCAAGUACUCUGACAUUUAUUGAUAUUAGCAACAAUAGACUUGGAAGAAAAGGGAUAAAGCAAGAAGCAUUUAAAGAUAUGUACGAUCUCCAUCAUCUCUACCUUACUGAUAACAACUUGGACCACAUCCCUCUGCCUCUUCCAGAAAAUCUACGGGCGCUUCAUCUCCAGAACAACAACAUACUGGAAAUGCAUGAAGAUACCUUCUGCAAUAUUAAAAAUUUGACUUAUAUUCGCAAGGCAUUAGAGGACAUUCGAUUGGAUGGGAACCCUAUCAAUCUCAGCAAAACUCCUCAAGCAUACAUGUGUCUACCUCGUUUGCCAAUAGGGAGUCUCGUCUAA